AUGCUCUCUGCAGAGGCAUGGGGCUGGCAGACAAAUGUCACUUGUGAAAGUUCAGUAGACAUGGACCUGGUUCUGCAUUACUCCCUUAUUCCAUCGUUUGCCAUCAUUUUGGUGCUGUCCUUCCUUGAAAGAAGAGCGAGCAGGAGUCAGAUAGAUGGAAAAUUGCACCUCCUCAAUGGCCGCUUUGGAAUUGUGAUACCCUUGGAUUUUGUUGGGACAUUCAGCAACCGAUGGUCAUUUGGUUUUGCAUUUGGAGCUACAGCCAAUAAAGUUAUGUUCCUGUUUUCGGAAGGUUACCUGCCACUACGAGUGCCCCAGUGGGCCCAAGCCAUUGUGCUUCUCAUAGGAGGCACUGAAGUGGGCCUCUCAUAUUUCCCUUUCUUCGCCUGCCUCGCGACGGAAUUCCAGAUCACAGGGUCUGUCCUGGGGUUCUUCUACACUUUCACUUGGUUCGUAAUCACGAUCACAAACAUUGUGCAGUGCCCACAUGGACGAGUGAUGGGAGACUAUGAGAAGAUCAUAUUUUAUUGGCCUUCCCUGUUCUGUCUGGUUUUCCUACUGGGCCGCUUUGCCCUGAUGUUUGUGAAAGCACUGAGGGUUUGCUUAAAGAUGGAUGUGUCAAGUCAGGAAAAUCAUUUCCUGGAGGUGCAUCAGGCUCAGCAUGUCAAGCGUCUGGUCAGGAAGCCCCCAGAGCGGCAGGCUCAGAAAUCUUGGUUCCAGCGCAAGGUGUAUGAAUGGGACCCAUGCUUUCAGUUCCCAGGCAGAAUGAUUGGCACAUCUGCGCUAGCCUUAAUCUGCCUGUACAUUUUUAUUGUUAUUGAGUUUUACAUUUACAAGGAAUUCUCCCAAGAGCUGAAGAUAUUGGAUCAGAGAUUUGAAGAGCUUGUUGAAUCUAGCAAUGGCUCAGAAGUACUUGUACCAGCUGUCCUGCAGCUGAAAGAGUUUAUUAAUGUUACUCAAGGUGUUUGGAUUUUCACCACCUUUGCUGCCUCCCUGACUUGUGUAAGCUACGUAUUUCACAUCUUAGCCUGCUACAGAAAACACAUGAAGCGGCUGUGGGCAGGGGAGAAACAUUUCCUUCCACUAAGAUCUCGUGAGCCUGCUUCUUCUCAAACCGUGGCAGCAAUAGCAAGAUACUCUGGUUGGCAAAUUGCAUACAUAUUAUGGGGCUACCUGAUCAUUCAUGUGGUGCAGUGUCUGUUUGGUGUAAUGAUCAUGUACAGUUUUGUUUUGCCAAUACAGCAUGGCCAAGGGCUGGAAAUGGCAAAAGGUUUGGGAAUUGGGAUUCUUACAGUUGGGAUUGCCACAGGGCUCAUGAUAUUACAAAUCAAGAUCGCUGCGAGAUUUUUCCUUCAGCCAAAGAUCUUGCCAGAUGAUAAGCAGAAGCCAUUAGCUCUCAAUAACAGGAAGGCUUUCCACAACUUCAAUUACUUUUUAUUCUUCUAUAAUGUGCUCCUGGGCCUGGGGGCUUGUUUGUUCAGACUGCUUUGCAGUGUCCUGUUGGGAACUUGGCUGAUUGCACGGAUAGACAGGACUAUAAUGCAGAAAGGGUAUGAAGCUGCUGACAUGGGAUUCAACACAUGGGUUGGUAUGAUAUUUAUGGACCACUACCACACCAACCCCACCCUCCUCAGCUUUUGUCACAUUCUUCUAGCCGGAACCACUGAGAAAAAACUGCAGAAAUCCACCAAAUACGGUUUCUUCAAUAAUAUAUCAGAACCCAGAGUGUCAACCAGAGCCAGGACACGGUGGUUGCUGCUCUACACCCUUCUUAACAACCCCAGGCUCACUGAACUCAGGAAGCCUAAUGUGCAGUCUGGUGCCAGUGCUGUGCCACAGAACCCCUGUGUCUAG